AUGGCAAGCGCUCAUACACCAACUAAUCCAUUGCGAUAUCCGUCUGCCGAUACUUCUCUUCAAUUCCAAAGGCCUCAAUCAAAUGACGACCAGUACUACCAGCCAGACCUCUACCUUCAUCCCGAUAAUGCAUCAACUCUCAAUCAACCGCUCCAAUGGCAUCAGGCAAAUCUUGCCCUCUCUGCGAAAAGUCAUCAGAAAGUUUUACCCGUUGCAAUACCCCAAAUGACUAAAGGAAGAGGCAUGCCUUUCAUGAGACUCAAUGCGCCAGUAUUGCAAGAAUACGGAAUAUCGGAACCAGAGUUUAUUGAAUUCAUAGACACGCUCAAUAUUGUGUCAGCUGCUUCCCCACCACUCAAGAUUUUGGAUCUUGCCGGGGGCAUAAUUGGAAUGGUGCCAAAUCAUUGGGCUCAGCUCACUUCUAAUAUCCUCCAGCUAACUGCCAAGGGUGGAACUGCAAUUGUCAGCAAAAGCCGCACUGACGCCUUUAUGAAAGAGGCAAACCAACGGACUUUUGGACCAAAAGGGUUGAAAGCCUGUUUGAUCACCACAUCUGCGUUAAUCCCCUCUAUCAAGUUUCCAGCACAAAAGGCCAUUACUCUGCCCUUGGCACUUGAUAUCCCCUUGGAAAAUCAGCCAAAUUUCCACAGCCGUCUUUUACAAGGCCUGAAAGGUUAUGUGAGCGAGACCGAAGCCACUCGUCUUCCAUCCAAAAAAGAAGACAUGGGCUUCAUUGACCAGAUGAGUGCAAAGCAAGUUGUUCGAGACAUACAGAAGAUCGACAAAAAGAUAUACAAGGAUACAGAGAAGCAAAUGAAGAAGAUGCACAAAAAUUACGAACCGUGGAAGUCAUCUUUGGAAGAUGGAACUUCAGGCGACACCGUCUCAAAGCCGCCUGUCCGCAGCAGGAGUCUCGAUCGCAAAAUGAGAAAAGUUGAGCAUGACAUGGAAAAGGUCAAUAGGAAAGCCGCUAGAAAGAUGGAAAAGCGGCAUUCUCCUGGCCGGGUGGAAGAUAAAAGACAAGAUGCAUUGUUAUCAUUGGAAAGUAAGAGGGAAAGGCUUUUGGAGAAAGAAGAUAAGCAAAGCCAGAACUUGUCUCCUAAAAGGCAUGGAAAAGAUGAAAAAGGGGCUGAUGAGAAGAUGGCUGAGAAACUCCUAUGGAUUUACAUUGACACCGCCUUUGAUGAGUCUGUGGCAGUCAAUGCAAAUUGA